AUGCUUGCUCAUCAAGCAACCUUUUAUUUUCAGUUUGCUCCGAGGUGUGCUGCACUCAGAUCUUUCAGCUCUGUGGUAAAGCAGAUCUCUCCUCUACAAAAAUGCAUUAAGGAAAUCUACCAAUCACCACCGCAUGUUGAUUCGAAGAUUGAGAUAAAGGGAUGGGUUUCCGGAGUCAGGAGUUCUAAGAAUGUUGCAUUUGUUGACAUGGUAGACGGCACAACUCAGAAAGAUGUCAAAUGUAUUAUUCGGCCUCCUUCUCUUCUUCCUGAUGGUGUGAAGGUAGGCGUUUCUUUAUCCGUGAAUGGUGUCUGGUCCGAGGGAAAAGGUAAGCAAAAGUAUGAGUUGCAGUUGAAUAAGAGCAAGAACGAAGACGCCAAAAUUGAUAUCAUUGGUGGGGUUGAAGAUUUGUAUCCUUUGCUAAAGAAGAAGCAUACUGAGCAAUUUCUAAGGACAAUUCCGGAAUAUCGGUGGAGACAGCCAGAUGCAGCUGCAAUACUAAGAUUUCGUUCAAAGGUCGAGAAGUCAUUCGUGAAUUUCUUUGACUCUCAAGAUUUCACGAAGACACACCCACCAAUUACAACUAGCAGUGAUUGUGAAGGUGCGGGUGAAAUGUUUAAAAUUGAUGCUGCAUCAAACAAUCCUAAAGAAGCAACCUUUUUCGGUAAGGAGACAUAUCUUACAGUGUCCACACAACUUCAUUUGGAAGUUCUUUGUGCGGCGUUAUCCCGUGUAUGGACUCUUACUCCAUGUUUUCGUGCGGAAAAGAGUGAUACAAACAGACACCUAUCUGAGUUUUGGAUGUUGGAAGCAGAGAUGGCGUUUGCUAAUCAUGUGAGUCAGCUUACGGACUUUUCGGAACUUAUGAUCAAGAAUGUGGUCCACAAGCUUUUGUCUGAUGAAGAUGGUAUGGGGAGUAAUCUACUUGAAACUGCAAGUAAGGAGGACGCAGAUGCAAUGAAGAAACGCUGGCAAAUGCUUCUUCAGCAGGAUAAAUGGGCAUCUAUCACGUAUACACAGGCCAUCAAAAUAUUACGGGAAGCAUAUGAAACUGGAAAAGCUGAUUUUAGAUAUAAACCUACUUGGGGUGAAUCGUUAAAGUCAGAACACGAGAAAUGGCUCGCUGGAAAGUAUUUCAAGAAUCCUGUGUUUGUUACAGAUUACCCUCUUGAUCAGAAGGCUUUUUACAUGAAAAUAAACGAGCCAGACGGAUAUUUGAAAGAUUUGCCACCUACUGUUGCAUGCUAUGAUAUGCUUGUUCCAGAUAUAGGUGAAUUAAUAGGUGGAUCAGUGAGGGAAGAGAGCUAUGAAAAGUUGAAUUUUGAGAUACAGCGUAGAAAUAUGAAUCCAAAGCCCUUGGACUGGUAUUUGGCCCAGAGAAAAAAUGGCACAGUUCCGCAUGGGGGUUUUGGUAUGGGAUUUUGA